AUGCAAUGGCAUGCGGGGCUUACAACAGACCCUGGCUCGUCCUACGGGCCAAUACACCGGGUGCAUAUCCCAUCGGACAGCCCGAACCUCAAAACCGCGGCCUCUAUUUCGACAGCUUCAAACGAUCCCGACUCGACCCUUGAAACCCUACCUUCCGGUAAUAUUGUCUGCGGUCUGUGCUGGGAACGACCACGAGCUGCAAUGGCAGAUGAGAGUUUGGCCUCAACCGCAGAGUCUACUCAAGAUCCUCAGAAUGACCCGCACUCGCGACAACUGCAUGCCUCUGAGAAUUCAGCUGUUCCGUUCUCGGAGGUUAUUCAGUCUUAUGGCUUUCAAGACGAGGCAGAAGCAAAAGCGAUGUUGUUGGCCUACAGAAUUUGGUUGACAAGAGAAAAAUCCAAAUCCAGCCAAAAUGAAGAAGCCUGGAACCACGAGAUCAAGAAAAUUCGAUUGCCUGCCGAGGGGCUUUGGAUCUUCAGCCUCGGCGCCGACACUGUCGGGGUAUCCCGAUUGGCUAUGAUUUCCAAGCUACGCAAAUCCGGUGACUGGGAUGAAGGUCUUGAGACUGCGGGCUAUGAUGCAUUGAGAAACUUGCCUCGUUUGAAAGACAUUUGGAUGAAAAGCAACACAGCAACUGUCCGCUUUAAGCAGGUUCCCGGUGGGUAUGACGUUGCCUUAUUUGAUCGGAUCACGGGCGAGAAGAUCUUUACUUCGAAAUGUGUCUCAGAUCCAGAGAGCCGUCGUAAGCAAAAGCCAAUCGAACGCCAAACUGCGUCGCAAGUUGCAAGCGCGCGCCAAGUUGCAAUCUACCGGAUGGUCGCUUCUUUACAGUCUCAGAACCUGAAAGCUUUGGAAGAUAUAUUUGAUGACUUGAAAGACGACUUGAAAGACAAAAAUUUGGAGCGUUUCUAUGACAUGGUGGAUAUGGGAGUUUUCCGCCUCGAACUGUCGGGUUCAGAGGAUUGUAUCGCAAACGUCUUUUUGCAUAACAACAAGAGGGUGCCAGAAGCCCAGACUCUAGUAAUGGCUGAUCGUACAAUGUUCAGGUCUCAAUUGGAGAGGAAGGCAGUCGCAAUCCUCGUCUCAAAAUUGAUAAAAACACCCUACUGGAACCAACCCGUUCAUCUGGCUGCUAAGGUUCCUGUAACCGACGAAUUGAUGAUGGCGAUGCAAGAUUCGAGGGAUGACUUGCUCCAAACAGAAAGAAACUUCAAGAAGCAGAAAUUUCCACCGUCCUAUCAAUCACUAGGAAAGCCAGACGAGUCCGAAAAGUCUGAGCAGGAAGAUCUCAGAUCUCAGGCGUUGAGCAAGAGCCUGAAUGAACGACGCCAAUCGGAGGAUGCAAGCACAAUUGAUAUUCGGUUCCAGCAAGACCAACUACCAGUGAUCCAGAUUAGACACCAGGUUUUGGAGCUCAUCAACCAACAUACUUUUAGUAUCAUUGCUGCUGAGACGGGAUCUGGAAAGUCUACUCAAAUUCCCCAAAUAAUCCUGGAUGAUGCGACCGACCAAGGAGUUGGGGGAAAAUGCAACGUGCUUUGCGUUCAACCACGGCGAAUCGCGGCACAGUUCCUGGCGGAGCGAGUCUCCCAUGAAAGAGGUGAGCACGUUGGCAAUACUGUUGGUUGCAUCGUUCGAUAUGACUCUCGGAGGCCAACCAAAAACGGGGGCAGCAUCACAUACUGUACCACGGGUAUCCUGUUGAACAUGCUACAGAAUCGGCCUGAAGCUCUCUCAUCGCUGACUCACAUCAUUCUUGACGAGGUACAUGUCCGUGACAUCCAAAUUGACCUCACAAUGCUUCUGUUAAAACGCUAUGUCGCUAAGUGCCGAGUGACUGGUGCUCCCGUGCCCCGAAUCGUGAUCUUGAGCGCCACUAUAGAUCUUGAUCUGUUUUCCUCGUACUUCGCCAACAUUGGGCCUGAUGGGUCACUUGUUGCUGCUCCAGAUCUCUCCAUCCCGGGCCGUCAAUAUAAUGUGAAGAAGCACAAUCUUGACGAGGUGCUUGAUAAUCUAGCAGCUACAUUCGAACCUGAACUCUUGUCACACCUGCUGCAUGGGCCCGAGACCAAAAAAUUUCUGGAUAAACAUUAUGCGCAUCUAGACGACGAAAUUACUGAGACUUCAAACUCCAUGGCAGAAUCGACUGACUUGGUUCCCUCCCCUGCUCAACACAGCCAGAUAUUGGAACAGGAGGACAAAUUGAUUCCAUAUGGCCUGAUUGCUGCUUUGGUAUUCCACCUUUUGACCACAACGACUUCCGGCGCCAUUCUGGUUUUCCUUCCGGGUAUAGCAACCAUAGAUGAGCUUCACAAGCGAAUCUUGGAUUUUUCCCGUGUUGAGGGAUUUGAUCUUGAUUUCUCCGACGAAGAUCGGUUCCGGUUGCUUAGGUUGCAUUCAGCACUGCCUGUUGAGAUGGCCAAAUUGUCAAAGCCAUACCCGGAAGGUUGUCGGAGAGUAUUCCUUGCCACCGAUGUGGCUGAAGCCUCAGUCACCAUCCCGGAUGUUAAGUACGUGAUUGAUUCUGGUAGGGUCAAUAACCUAAUUUAUGACCAUAUAGCGCGCUCUAGCAGACUGGGACCCUGUUGGGUUAGCCAAUCUAGUGCCGUCCAGCGCGCUGGACGAGCUGGCAGGGUCCAAGAUGGAGAGUACUUUUUCCUAGGAACCCAACAAUGCUAUGACAGUCUUCGGAAAACGAAGUCUCCCACUAUUCAACGAGCUCCCCUGGAUGAUCUAUGCCUGCGCGUGAAAAGCACUGUCCCUGAGCUUCCCAUUCUUGAUGUGCUAAAGCAGGCCAUUGAGCCUCCUGAUACCAACGCAGUUCUGGAGACUAUCAGACACUUAAAACAGAUAGGGGCAAUGGAUGAGAAGGAGAAUCUAACCGACCUUGGUGCUCUUCUCAGCCAAAUUCCAGUUCACCCAUCGGCCGGCAAGUUGGUCGUCCUUGGUAUUAUGUUCAGCUGCCUGGACCCAAUGAUCAUAUUGGCAACUUCGAGCAAGGAUGGCCUCUUCCGCUGGCCAUUGGGGUCUGCCGACGGGGAAAGGAUUCGAAAGAGCCGUAUUGAAUUUGCGGGGCAGAGUCACUGUGAUCAUAUCGCUACGAUCAAUGCCUUCAAGGCUUUGAGGGAUAUCGAACGUCACAAGGCCAGGGAAUACGCUGAAUCCAAUAAUAUCGAGUUCCACCGGUAUGAGGAGUCUUACGCUCUUGCUGAGCUGGUGAUAAGUUCACUCAGAGACCAAGGCCUGGUGCGUCGAUUCGGCAAUCCAUAUCAUCAUCCAUAUGGCCACGCGCCGCUCAACAAGAACUCCGACUGUAUUCCUCUUAUCAAGGCACUUAUUCUCCACGCUCAAUACCCCCACGUUGCCGCUCCAAAGCCGCUCACGGCACAGGCAUAUUUCACCAAGACCGAAAAGAUGGAUUACCUGAUGCCGACGAGCGCCGCUCACAUCCUACCCGCACCAUUGACUCGGGAUCUACUCACAUAUCAGGAGAAGCGUGCCAGUAACCCGCCCAUGUUGAUAGAAGGGUCUCUAGUCAGCCCCUUGACAAUGUGUCUCCUAGGGGGGCGAAUGGUCUGGAAAGAGCAAAUACUACGUAUGGACUCAUGGUUACGACUAGGAAUCAACAUGAAAGAUCCGACAUACACCACGGAUGAGGCUGCACGAAGCAUCAUCGAGUUGCAUAAAGCUAUUGACAAGACUAUGAAAGCCGGUUAUGCGGCACUGAACAGUAGAAGUCAGGAGGAUUCUCUCUUCUAUUACCGUCGCCGUUUGUUUAGAACUUUGCAGAAUGCUGUUAUAUCAACCUUGCAGCAAGAUAGCUACCGCUUUGCCGAGCCUAACCUAAAACUAAGCUGGAACACAUCCUGGGAUAGGCACGAAAUUAUUCCCAACGAGACCACAUCUAUAUCAGACGAGGAGGAACUCAAUGUACAAUAG